ACCUCAUAUGUCAAUUGCAACCUACAGCAUAAAGGCAGGGUCGGAUGAGAUGAGAUCAGAUUUUUCUGGGGUUAUUCUAUCUUGAUUGAUUUGUGAUCCUAAAUUUUUUUUACUUGAAAGGAAAGAAAGAGUGGCUUCAGUGAGCCUUGACUGAGCGAGAAUCCCCGCUUAGAAGAUGGGUGGACAUAUUGAUUGUUAUCUUGAUUGUGCUUCCUUCUACGGUGUAAUUGCCUUCAACUACCUCCUCAAGAACCGAGAUCUCCUCGCAGGUCACGAUGUCUCCGUCGAAUUCCAUCCCGUCUUCCUAGGAGGAAUAAAUGUCGGUAGCGGUAACAAACCACCAUGGACCCUCCUCGCCAAAGCCAAAUACGGCCAAUUCGACGGCGACCGCGCAAAGAAAUACCACUCCAUGCAAAACAUCUCCGCCCCCUCCUUCUUCCCACCACUGACUCUCCUCCCCCAACGCGCCCUCUGCUACAUAAAAGCCACCUUCCCCCCAUCAACCUUCGAACGCACCUGGUCACGCCUCUUCAACGCCCUCUGGAUCGACCACAUCAACAUCACCAUCCCGUCCGACCUAUCCUCCGUGCUCGCCAGCACGAGAAUAUUCUCCGAAGAGGAGGUAGAGUGCAUCAUGAAAGCGACGGGGGAGAAGGAGUGGAAGGAUAAAUUGUUGGCGAAUACGGAGAAGGUGUUGGAGCAGGGGGCGUUUGGGGCGCCGUGGUUUUGGGUGAGGAGUGGGGAGGGGAGGGAGGAGCCGUUUUUUGGGAGUGAUAGGUUUCAUUUCAUGUGGGAAUUCCUGGGGAUUCCGUGGCGGGAUAUUGCUAUUAUUCCGAAGGGCACGGAGAAGGCUAAGUUGUGAUCUGACUAGUAGCAGACAAAGGUUUUACAUUCUGGUGUAAUCCUAGACCAUAUGUACAGUGCUCAAGUGCAGGCUUUCUGUUCUUCAUACCACAAUUGCCGCUAGGUAACGAGUACAGGAUAUUAAGACGAAUGUCGUACACGCUCUGCAUCAACAUAUCAUCAUUUUGCAGCUUUGAGUUGAUAUUCGGAGAAAGGUAAAAAUUCGUAGG